AUGUCAGCUAACGAUUUCUAUUCAUCAGGUAACCAAGGCGAAUAUACCCCACAGGGAGGUAACAAUAACAACAACAGCCAAGACAAUCGUGGAAGUGGUGGCAACAAUGGCGAACAACAAGAUAGAGGAUUCCUCGGUGGUGUUGCCGGAAGUGUUCUUGGCGGCAUUGCCGGUGACAAAGCCGGUGGUCAAAAUCACGGCACAUUAGGUACUGUGUUGGGAGUUCUUGGUGGUGCUGUUGGUGGAAGCAAAUUGCAAGAUGAAUAUAAAGAACACAAGGAUGAAAAGAAGCAUCAUAACAAUAACGGCGGUGGUGGAUUCUUUGGAGGUAACAGCAGUGGCCGUAACGACAGUGAAUAUGGUGGUGGUCAAGGUGGUUACGGUGGUGGUCAAGGCGGUUACGGUGGUGGUCAAGGCGGUUACGGUGGUGGUCAAGGUGGCUACGGUGGUGGUCAAGGUGGCUACGGUGGUGGUCAAGGUGGCUAUGAAGGUGGCUACGGUGGUGGUCGUAAUGAAGGUGGCUACGGUGGUGGUCGUAAUGAAGGCGGUGGAAACUUUGGUUACGGCGGUGGUCGUGAUGAAGGACGUCACCAUGGCGGUGGUGGUCAUCACGGUGGCUUUGGUGGUCAAGGUGGGUACGGAGACAGAAUGGAAGAAGGUCGUGGAGGUAGAAGUGGUUUCGGUGGUGGAUCAGGUGGACCAGGUGGGUACGGAGACAGAAUGGAGGAAGGUCGUGGAGGUAGAGGUGGUUGGUAA